ACGACCGGUCAAAAUGACAGUGAACAAAAGCGAGACGGCCGUCAAAACCAAAAAGAAACAAAAACAAACCGCCGCGACGUCGUCUACAUCGAAAAGUACCACCGCCGCGACGUCGUCCUCAUCGAAAAGCACGGCCGUCGCGACGUCUUCGACGUCCAAAAGCACCGCGACGUCUAAAACGGUCGAGAAAAAAACCACCGGCGACGUAUCGAAAUCCUCGUCCUCGUCGAGUUUACAAAUCUCCGACAUAUCUCACCUGCCGGUGAACACGAAAAUCGUCUCGUACAAAGUGACCGAGCCGCUGCCGACGGGGGUGGGCGAGAAAAUCACCACGUACGCGGAAUCCGGCGCCGUUUCCACCGAAUUCAGGCACUUCGUGGUGCAGGAUACGGCGACGUCUCAGCAUUCGAUGCGCAUCGAACAGAUCAGCUCGAAUCUGCACGAUUCGGCUUCGAAUAUAUCGCAGAUAUCCGACUCCACUUACACCGUCACCGAGCCCAUGGAGGAGCUCAAGCUGACCUACAACAAAAACGACUCCAAUUGGAACGGGAAAUUCGUGCAGGAAACGCCGACGAAACACGGGAGGAAAACCGUACACAAAGAAUCGUCGAGUAGUUAUUCGAUGGAAACGAAAAAAUCUACAGGUAAAGAUAAGAUAAGUAAAGAAAUGAUUCAAGAUAGAAGCGACGAAACGUCUCAGAAAUCCGGAUCUACUUACACGGUAAACGAAGCCAGCGAGGAAUUGAAAUUGUCGUACAACAAAAACGAUUCCGGCUGGAACGGGAAGUUCGUCUACGAAUCCCCUACCACAUCGAAAACCGAAUAUUUGGAAAAAGUUUCCGAAAAUUUCAUCGAAACGGAAAAGUCCAGCGCCGCCUCGAACAGAUCCAAAGACUACCAAAUCACCAGCGUGAGCGAAACGAUCGAGAACAUCGUAGGCGGCAAGUCCAGAGGGAAAAUCGACAAAUCCCGGACCACAUCCACGGACUUUUACGGUCACGGCGUCGAUUCUAGAGACACCAUGGUGAGCAACGUGUACGAUUCCAAGGCCGUGCAGAACACGAUCGGUUCCAAAGGCACCGUCAAAAUGGAUCAAAACAUCGAUAAGACUGACGUUAUUUAUUCCAACGAACGAACGUACGGAAAAACCGGCUGGAACGGGAAAUUCACCUACGAAACGCCGCGAACGUCGACCGAGAAAACGGAGGAUUUCCUCGUUAAAGAAAGAGCGGAAAACAUCCAUCAAAAAUUCGACAAAGACUACCAAAUCACCACCGCGUCCGAAACGAUAGUCGACGUUAAAGACUCGAUCAGAAAAGGCGAACAUUCCAAUGUUAAAAAAGACUCAUCCAGAACUGACCAAACUGCCACCACCUCUUACGAAACCUCGUCCAAACAAACUGGACCCGACAAACAUUCCAUCGUCAAAAAAGACUUAUCCAAAACUUAUCCAACAAGCGAAACUCUCGUAUCGGAAACUCUAGUGGAUACUAAAGGCUCAACUUCCAAGAAAUCCACACGCACGGAAUCCAAAAAAGACGAAACCUUCACCACCACCCAGAAAACUUCUUCCAAACAAACCGCAUCCGAUAAACAACAAAAACAUUCCACCAUCAAAAAAGACUCGUCGAAAAUUCAUCCCACCGCCUCACAAACGCUAGUGGAUAUUAAAAAAGACUCUUCAACCAAGAAAAUAGACAAACGCAAGGAUUCAUCCACAACGCAACUUCGCCCAACAGACGAAACUUUUAUCAUUUCCUCGUCUCAAACAGUAGAUGUCACAGAUAACACACAAAUUAUCGAUGAAUCGAUAGUCAAUCAAUCAACCCUAAUCGAGCAUUACGUGGUCGUCGACGACAAAAUCGUUAAUGAUCGAACUGUAACUGAUCGAAUUAUUAAUGAUCGAAUCGUGCAGUCGGAUUUGAGGCCGGUGAGCGAAUUUUCCACGACGACCGUCGAAAAAUCCGAGGAUAUUUCGGAGACGAACAAAACGUUUAUAAUAAACGAUACGAAUGUGAUUACUGAUCGUAUCAUUACCGAUAAAUACGUAACGGUGCAAAAAGACCAAAUUGUCGAACAACUCGUAGAUAAUAAGGAAAUUAUCGAUAUACAAACGUCCACUCGUGAAGGUACUUCUGAUAUUAGCAAAACGUUCGUAAAGGAGGAUAUUUACGAUAUUAAAAAUAUAGAAGAAGUCGAAAACAAAACGAACAUAAAGAAAGUUAAAGACGACAAAGUGAUAUUCAUCGAGAAAAUAAUCAAAGAAGUGCCGCCGCCGCCGGUCAAGAGACCCAUGAAAGAGCAAUGCAUAUGCGAACUGUGCACUUGCGGGCGUCACUCAUGUCCGCACAAUCCGGACAACUACAACGACCACCUGCACCCGGAAGGUCCGUUCUUCGGCAGGCCCAAGGACGAGUACAACGCCGUCCACGGCGACCGCUUCCCGGUGGUCAUCCCGCAGGAUCACCUCAAACCCGAAGGGAAAUUCGAGACGCCCGUGAAGCCGGAAUGGCAACCGGCCGAGAGACCUACGCAGAAGAGGCCCCAGGACAAUCUGAGGCCCGAGGGAGAGUUCGAGAAGAGGACGCCGGAGAAAUGGAGACCUGGUGAACGGCCGGAUGUUAAGAGACCCCAGGAUAAUCUGAGACCCGAAGGCGAUUUCGAACGACCAGAUAAACCAACCUGGAGUCCCAGUGAAAGACCUACUCCUAAAAUACCUUUGGACAACUUGAGACCCGAAGGAGAUUUCGAAAAGAGGACACCGGAGAAGUGGAGACCUGGUGAUCGGCCGGAUGUUAAGAGACCCCAGGAUAAUCUGAGACCCGAAGGCGAUUUCGAACGACCAGAUAAACCAACCUGGAGUCCCAGUGAAAGACCUACUCCUAAAAUACCUUUGGACAACUUGAGACCCGAAGGAGAUUUCGAAAAGAGGACACCGGAGAAGUGGAGACCUGGUGAUCGGCCGGAUGUUAAGAGACCCCAGGAUAAUCUGAGACCCGAAGGCGAUUUCGAACGACCAGAUAAACCAACAUGGAGUCCUAGUGAAAGACCUACUCCUAAAAUACCUUUGGACAACUUAAAACCUGAAGGAGAUUUCGAGAAAAGGACGCCGGAGAAAUGGAGACCUGGUGAACGUCCUGACGCCAUCAGACCUCAAGAUAACCUCAAACCAGAGGGCGACUUCGAAAAAAGAACUCCCGAACAUUGGAAACCAGGAGAUCGUGCUCCAGUUAAGAGACCUCAGGACAACCUGAGACCCGAAGGCGACUUCGUCGGCACGACGACCAUCCACGAAGACUACAAGGUCGUUAGGGGCGAGAAGGUCGAAAUAAUUCGCCGGGAAGACAACCUCAAAAUAGAGGGAGAAUUCGCAGACACUACCACCAGCAAAACAGACUUCACUGGCGAAUUGGUGGAACGACCGAGCCCAGUUCGACGAAACACCUUCACCAAAAUCGAAGGGGACUUCACCGAAGACACCACCAGCAGAACGGAUUUCAGGGACUUCAGCACGACUAUCGAGCGAUCCUCCACGACCACUCGCUUGGACAAUCUGCGAGUCGAAGGCGACAUGACCUUCGACACCUCCACGUCCUUGGAAUACACGGAGAAGACGCCCGUCGUUCAGCGACGCAGGCGCACUUGGACCAAGGACGACGUGAGGAAGUUCUAUUCGGAGGAGAACGAGGAAAUCACCACCACUUCCAGGGAGGUAUUCAAGAAUUACGAUACAACCGAUUUCACCAGGACGGUAGUAAUUCACCAGGAUAACCUCAGAAGUGAAGGCGUGUUCGAGGGCACGCCCAAAUCUCGAGAGGAUUACGUGCCGAAGCAGGUCGAACGAGCCGUUGUUAAGAAGCCCAAGGACCACUUGAAGCCGGAAGGUGACUUCGAACGGCCCGAGAAGCCUGAGUAUCGACCGGCCGAAAGGCCGAAGCCUAAGCGACCCGAGGAUAAUCUCCGUCCUGAGGGAGAAUUCGAAAGACCGACUCCCGUGAAAAUGGGACCGACCGAACGCAGAACGCCCAUCAAACACGAUGAUAAUUUAAGACCUGAAGGAGAAUUCGAACGGCCGGAGAAACCUAAGUACAGACCGGCUGAAAGGCCUGUACAAAAACGCCCUGAAGAUAAUCUCCAUCCUGAAGGUCAAUUCGAACGACCCGAGAAACCUGGAUACAUUCCAGCUGAGAGACCUAAGCAGAAACGACCAGAAGACCAUCUUCGUCCAGAAGGAGAAUUCGAACGACCGACUCCCACGAAAAUAGGUCCAGCGGAACGAAGAACUCCUAUUAAACAUGAUGACAAUCUUCGUCCUGAAGGUGAUUUUGAGCGACCUGAUAAGCCUAAAUACAGACCAGGAGAAAGACCAAGUCCUAUUCGUCCCGAAGAUAAUCUUCACCCUGAAGGUAAAUUCGAACGUCCUGAAAAGCCCGGGUACAUUCCAGCGGAAAGGCCUGUGCAAAAACGUCCCGAAGACAAUCUUCAUCCAGAAGGCCAGUUUGAACGCCCCGAAAAACCUGGAUAUAUUCCAGCAGAAAGGCCGAAACAGAAGCGUCCGGAAGAUCACCUCAGACCAGAAGGGGAAUUCGAACGACCUACACCAACGAAAAUAGGUCCUGCAGAACGUAGAACUCCUAUUAAACACGAUGAUAAUUUACGUCCCGAAGGAGAUUUCGAAAGGCCUGAUAAGCCUAAGUACAGACCAGGAGAGCGACCAAGUCCCAUACGCCACGAGGACAAUCUAUAUCCUGAAGGAGAGUUUCAACGUCCCGAAAAGCCUGGAUACAUUCCUGCCGAAAGACCUAAACAAAAACGACCGGAGGAUCAUCUUCGUCCCGAAGGAGAAUUCGAAAGGCCUACUCCUACGAAAGUAGGUCCAGCGGAACGACGAACUCCGAUUAAACACGACGAUAAUUUAAGACCGGAGGGAGACUUUGAACGUCCAGAAAAACCUAAAUACAGACCAGCUGAAAGACCUGUUCAGAAACGACCGGAAGACCAUCUCAGACCUGAAGGAGAAUUCGAAAGACCUACUCCUACCAAAGUAGGUCCUGCUGAACGUAGGACACCAAUUAAACAUGAUGACAACUUGCGCCCUGAAGGAGAUUUCGAAAGGCCUGAUAAGCCUAAAUACAGACCAGCAGAAAGACCAAGUCCUAUUCGUCCCGAAGAUAAUCUUCACCCUGAAGGUAAAUUCGAACGUCCUGAAAAGCCUGGGUACAUUCCAGCGGAGAGGCCUGUGCAAAAACGUCCCGAAGACAAUCUUUAUCCAGAAGGUCAAUUUGAACGUCCUGAGAAACCUGGAUAUGUUCCAGCAGAAAGACCCAAACAAAAGCGACCAGAAGACCACCUUAGACCCGAAGGUGAAUUUGAAAGACCUACUCCCACUAAAGUUGGUCCAGCAGAACGUAGGACACCAAUUAAACAUGAUGACAACUUACGUCCUGAAGGAGAUUUUGAAAGGCCUGAUAAACCUAAAUACAGACCAGCAGAAAGACCGAGUCCUAUUCGCCCUGAAGAUAAUUUGCAUCCAGAAGGCGAAUUCCAACGCCCCGAGAAACCUGGAUAUGUUCCUGCAGAAAGACCCAAACAAAAACGACCAGAAGAUCAUCUCAGACCUGAAGGAGAAUUCGAGAGACCUACUCCUACCAAAGUAGGUCCAGCUGAACGUAGGACACCAAUUAAACAUGAUGACAAUUUACGUCCCGAAGGAGAUUUCGAACGACCUGAUAAACCUAAGUACAGACCAGCGGAGAGACCAAGUCCUAUUCGUCCAGAAGAUAAUCUUCACCCUGAAGGCAAAUUCGAACGUCCUGAAAAGCCUGGAUAUAUUCCAGCAGAAAUACCUAAACAGAAACGACCUGAAGAUCAUCUUCGCCCUGAGGGAGAAUUCGAAAGACCCACUCCAACUAAAGUUGGUCCAGCUGAGCGAAGGACUCCCAUCAAACAUGGUGAUAAUUUAAGACCUGAAGGAGAAUUCGAAAGACCCGAAAAACCUAAAUAUCGUCCUGCCGAGCGGCCAAGUCCCAUCCGCCCUGAAGAUAAUCUACAUCCUGAAGGUAAAUUCGAACGUCCUGAAAAACCUGGAUAUAUUCCAGCUGAAAUCCCCAAGCAAAAGCGUCCGGAAGAUCACCUUCGCCCUGAAGGAGAAUUCGAAAGACCCACUCACACUAAAGUGGGUCCAGCUGAGCGAAGAACUCCCAUCAAACAUGGCGAUAACUUGAGACCUGAAGGAGAAUUCGAACGUCCUGACAAGCCCAAAUACAGACCAGCCGAAAGACCUAGUCCCAUUCGUCCGGAAGAUAAUCUACAUCCUGAAGGUCAGUUUGAACGUCCAGAAAGACCUGGAUAUAUUCCAGCUGAAAGACCCAAACAAAAACGACCAGAAGACCACCUUAGACCCGAAGGUGAGUUUGAGAGACCUACUCCUACUAAAGUUGGUCCAGCAGAACGUAGAACGCCUAUUAAACAUGAUGACAAUUUACGUCCUGAAGGAGAUUUCGAAAGGCCUGACAAGCCUAAAUACAGACCAGCAGAAAGACCGAGUCCUAUUCGUCCUGAAGAUAAUUUGCAUCCAGAAGGCGAAUUCCAACGCCCCGAAAAAACUGGAUAUAUUCCAGCAGAAAGACCCAAGCAAAAACGACCAGAGGACCACCUUAGACCUGAAGGAGACUUCGAAAGACCUACUCCUACCAAAGUAGGCCCUGCUGAACGUAGGACACCAAUUAAACAUGAUGACAACCUACGUCCUGAAGGAGACUUUGAAAGACCCGACAAACCCAAAUACAAACCAGCGGAAAGGCCGAAGCAAACACGCCCCGAAGACAACCUGAAGCCCGAAGGUGAGUUCGAGAGACCCGAAAUCAUCGAAGUAGGACCCGCCGAAAUACGGAAACCCAUCAGACACCAGGACAAUUUGAAGCUGGAAGGCACCAUGGUGGUCACCAAGAAGCAGGACUACGACGUGGUCAAAGGAGAACGAGCCAGCGUCGUUAAGCACGAGGACAAUUUGAAAAUGGAGGGCGAAUGGAACAUGAGGCGUCGCGACGAUUAUUCAACCCUAACCGUCGUAGAAAGGAACGAAAUCAAGAAGCACGAAGACAAUUUGAAAAUGGAAGGAGAAUGGGACAUACGCAGAAGGGACGAUUACAGUCGAACUGAUAGAAUCGAGAAAGUCCAAGUGAUCAAACACGAGGAUAAUUUGAAGAUAGAAGGACACUUCACCGAUAUUCGCACCAGAGACGAUUACCAAUCAGUGAUCGGUGAGCGAAGAGAAAUCGUCAAACACACUGAUAAUUUAAAAAUGACCGGAGAAUUCGAACGGCCGGAAAAGCCUGGAUACGUCCCAGCCGAAAGGCCUAAGCAAAAGCGACCGGAGGAUAAUCUAAGACCCGAAGGCGAUUUCGAAAGACCUACACCUAGCAAAGUUGGUCCUGCAGAACGACGAACUCCCAUUAAACACGGCGAUAAUCUUCGUCCUGAAGGGGAAUUCGAGCGUCCCGACAAACCUAAGUACAGACCGGGAGAAAGGCCGAGUCCUAUUCGUCCUGAAGAUAAUCUACACCCUGAGGGUAAAUUCGAACGACCCGAGAAACCGGGCUACAUACCAGCUGAAAUCCCCAAGCAGAAGCGUCCAGAAGAUCACCUUCGUCCCGAAGGAGAAUUCGAAAGACCCACUCCAACUAAAGUGGGUCCAGGUGAGCGAAGGACUCCCAUUAGGCAUGGAGAUAAUUUGAGACCUGAAGGGGAAUUCGAACGUCCUGACAAACCUAAGUAUAGACCGGGAGAAAGACCGAGUCCUAUUCGUCCUGAGGAUAAUCUCCACCCCGAGGGUAAAUUCGAACGUCCUGAAAAACCAGGCUACAUUCCAGCUGAAAUCCCUAAGCAAAAGCGUCCCGAAGACCACCUUCGUCCCGAAGGAACCUUCGAAAGACCAUCGCCUACUAAGGUCGGACCAGGUGAACGCAGAACACCCAUCAAACACGGUGAUAAUCUAAGACCAGAAGGAGAAUUCGAACGACCAGAUAAACCCACGUACCGACCAGGAGAAAGACCCAGUCCUAUUCGUCCUGAAGACAACCUUCACCCUGAAGGUAAAUUCGAACGUCCCGAAAAACCUGGAUACAUUCCAGCCGAAAUCCCCAAGCAGAAGCGCCCUGAAGAUCAUCUCAGACCUGAAGGAGAUUUCGAAAGACCGUCUCCUACCAAAGUAGGUCCUGCCGAGCGCAGAACUCCCAUUAAACACGGCGAUAAUCUCAGACCAGAAGGAGAGUUCGACCGUCCGCAAAAGCCAGGGUACACACCAGCCGAAAGGCCAACGCCAAAGCGCCCGGAAGACCAUUUGAGGCCAGAAGGAGACUUCCAGAGACCUUCUCAAACGAAAGUCCUUCCAGCCGAAAGAAGAACGCCCAUCAGGCACUCGGACAACCUUCGGCUCGAAGGCGAAUUCCAAGCCACCACAGAAUCCCAGUCCACCACUAUUGUGAGAGGAGAACGAGCGGAGAUCAAGAGAAGAAAAGACAAUCUCUCGAUUGGUACGGGUAAAAUCGAAACCGUCACCACCAGCAACGGCGCCUACAACAAAUCCACCGUCGUGACUCCUUCAAGACAAUCCAUUAACAAAUCCAGGCAUAUGGAAUCUCAUAUAGUACUAGGAAGUGAUACCAGUAACAUGCAAACAACCAAUCAAUCUAAUUACAAAACAUACACCAGAUCCGUCGAGAGGAAAGUAAUCGACAGUAAAGUAAAUGGACAAUCGACGAACGAACUGAAUAAAACGAUCGUAGAUAGAAAAGUGAAAAUAGAUGAUUCUACUGCAGUACAGAACGUGUCCAAGCAAGUUAAAAUAGAUGAUUCUACUGUAGUGCAGAAGACGUCCAAGCAAGUAAAAAUAGAUGAUUCUACUGUAGUACAGAAGGCGUCCAAACAAGUAAAAAUGGAAGAUUCCAAUGCACUGCAAAGCUCGACGCACGUGUCCAAACAAAUAACCACCGGCAGCGAAAUCAAAAAAUCGUCCUCCUACACCCAAGUGCACCGGGAACUCCACAAGAGCGAGCAAAGCACCCACCACAAGAAGAGCACGCUCACCUCCGAAGAGGACAUCAGCAACCAGAUCCUGCACAGGAAGGGCGUGCACACCUCCAGCGAGGCCUUGCACGCCACCAGCUCAUCGGCGCUGGACAUGCGCAAGUCCGUUUGCAACAUCCACGACCAGGGCCGGUCGCACGUCAACGUCAACUCGGAGCGGCACAGCCUGAGCUCGAUGCACCGCUCCAACGUGGAGAGCAGCGCCUCGGCCAAGCGCGCCCACCACCAGCACCAGCACCAGGUGCAGGUUAUCGAGAGGCCGCAGAAGAUCGUCCGAAGGGACAAUCUGACGGUGGGCGGGCACUUCUACGGGCAGUCCGAGUCGAAAUCCUACGGGGAAUUCACCAAGCAGGAGAACGUGCACAGGAUCGAGAAGGUCACCAGGAGGUCCAACGUGUCGAAUAUAACUUUGGGGGAGAGCAAUUUGCACAUUGUCACAUCGUAUAAGAAGGAGUUUGCGCCGAGGAACGUGGGGCCUUGUCCGGCGGUGUUGGUGGACGUGCCCAAAGGGCCUUUCAAGCACACCAGGGACACCAAGUCCCACAAGUUCUACCUGCCCGUUUCCACCAAAUAA